AUGCUAGACCGAAUUCCUGUGGAUCUGAGUAUUCAAUCAAAGGAACUCCAAAUGAAUGAUGUUUUCAACAGGUUUAAAACUAGCAAAGUGUUUGUGCCGAAAACCUUGUGUAAGAGUUAUUUUUCACUUAUUGUAGCUUCUAUUUUGGAAGACAAAGAUCCCGUCAGCAUUAUAAACGAGAACAUUCCCGAAAUAGAUGGACAAUUAUACAUCAGCCUAACUAUUACAAACAACCGAAGCUUUUGCUCAGAUGGUGCACUUAUUUUCAUAUACACCGAAAAUAUGGAUGAUGAGGAAUUUGAUCAAGAAUGCAACAGAGUGCAGUCUUUGAUCAUUCAAAAAUUAUCUAAGGAAAGAGUAUUUAAGGAUAAUUUAAAACAAAAAACAGCGUACAGUAUUGUUUACAGCAUUCUUUCUACUAUUUCUUCAAGUAAAGAUGCUGCAAACGUCUAUUUUAUUCAAAGGGAUUAUAAAAAUGCUUUACUGGAGUAUGGUGGAAUUUCCAAACAAUAUCCCGAAUUGUCAAGGAGGAUGAGUGAAAUUUGUAGAGUUAUACUAGGCUACAAGCCAUUAUUAGAGCCCCUUGCAUUUGACAUUUUGUUAUUAAACCAAAUGUAUGACAGUCUUUGCGAAAUUUCAAGCAUUCUGCCAUUUGAUGCAAAACUCGCAAUACAGUAUUAUUUAACUGAUAAAAGCAUUAACUCUAAGCUAAAAAUGAUAUUUUUGUACCAAUGCUGUGUAAACUUCAAACUAUGUAACGAUGAUGAAAUGUCAAAGAGGUGCUAUUCAAAACUGGUAAGUACCGUAGAAAGCAUAGUUGAUAUAGAAAGUUACAAUCAAAAAUUUUGGCUAGAAUUUUUAACGAUUCUAAGUGAAGAUGAUUUGAUUCAUUGA